GAAUUCCGAAGGCAGUCGGUGGGCGACAAGUUGCGGACCACCUACAACUCGCUCACCAGGGACCCGGGCUCGCUGGCCAACCUCGACCAGGACUUGCCGAACUAUGCCCAGUUCAACGUGCCCAUAUUCAGCUUGCCGCAGGAGUGGUUGUGGUGCGAGUCGUGGUGCUCGCAGGAGACGAAGCCGCUUGCCAAGGCGAUCGACCUCUGCCAGAACCCCAAGACCAAGGAGCCGAAGACGGAUAUGGCGCGGCGGGUAAUCGCCGAGUGGGACGGCUACCACCGUCGCGCGCUCGCGCUGCAGGACGGCCGCGGUGGCGGUGCGGGCGCUCCUCCACGAGCCGCGGGCGGCCGCGAGGAGCUCUGA